UAUGAAAGCCGUGCACACCCACCACAGCGCCAACAUUACUUGCGUCCCUCCUUUUAGCUCUGCCGUCCGACUUCUCCCGCAAAACCUUCAUUGUGUUGCGGCAGAACCGUCCUAGAUAACCGUCUACCUCAAUCCCCCGAUAGCCAGUGUUGAAAUAUGUGCAUUGCUAGUCGGUAGCCUCUCUCUCUCUCUCUCUCUCUUCUGCUCUCGAGGUCCCGUUCAUACUUUCUACCUGGCCGCCCCAAUCCAUCCCCGGUAACCGCCCCCCUUUGCCUGGUGUCGCGGUCGCGGCAGCCCUCGACGAUGCAGGAAUUCAACGCUCUGCUCGCGCAACCGAAACCGAAGCUGAAGCUGAAGCUGCCCUUCUUAUGGUCCGGCUAUCUCAAUCUUGCGCACCUGAAUCCGAUCCCCCACAAAUACCGACCGAACCGGCGACUGCGAGCGCGCGGGAAGUCAUCUUCCAAUAUUCCGAGGGCCGAUGACGUUGCCAGAUUGAAGACGUCCUUCAACGUCUUGGAGAGCCUACGAAUAUUGAGGACUCGGCAAUGGCGACUCCUCGAUAUCCAAUAUUUGAUCACUCUCAUUGUCAUCCUCUUUAGUCUCACAAUCACGCCCUCGGCGCCGCUGAUCAAGACCGGGGCCCUCGCCCUAUAUACAAUUCUUCUCCUCAUGCCCGUCACCCAACAAUUCUUCCUCCCAUCGCUGCCAAUAUGGACCUAUCUCCUAUUUUUCUUUUCAAGCCGAUUCAUCCCCACCGAAUACCGACCUCAUAUCUGGGUAAAAGUGCUCCCUGCGCUAGAGAACGUUCUUUACGGUGCAAACCUCUCCAACAUUCUCUCCGCCCACACCCACUGGGUUCUCGACUUAUUGGCCUGGCUCCCGUAUGGCCUCGGCCACUUUGCGCUUCCCGCUGUCUGUAGCGCCUUAAUAUUUCUCUUCGCCGCACCAGGCUCGACCCCGGCCUUUGCUAAGGCCUUUGGUUACAUGUCCAUCCUAGGCGUGGCGCUCCAGCUGAUACUACCAUGCACCCCGCCGUGGUACGAGAAGUUGCACGGCCUAGAGCCGGCACACUACGGCAUGCAGGGCUCGCCAGCGGGUCUGGCGCGCGUGGAUGCACUGCUGGGCUUCGACAUGUAUACCACGAGUUUCACGACCGCGCCAGUGCCAUUUGGCGCCUUCCCGAGCCUGCACUCGGCAGAUGCGACGCUGGAGGCCCUUUUCAUGCAGUACUUUUUCCCGCGCUUGCGUCCUCUGUUCAUCUUCUACGUCGGCUGGGUAUGGUGGGCGACCAUGUACCUGAACCACCACUACGCCGUGGAUCUGGUCGGCGGAAGCUUGAUCGCAGCAAUGACGUACUAUAUCACCCGGUCGAGAUGGCUCCCACGCGUACAGCCGGACAAGACCACCAGGUGGGAGCACGAGUACGUCGAGUACGGCGAUCGACCCCGAGGCAGGGAUGAGGAGUCUGGGUACCACUUCGGUUACGGGUACGGGCUUGGCUUGCUGGAACGCUCGGGUCUCAGCGACAGCGACGAAUGGACGAUCGGCAGCACCUCGAGCUUCGAUUCGAUGAGCCGCGGGGAGACCAGUGGUAGCGCCAGCAGCACCCCUGGUUGCAUCAGUCCCGCCACCCCUAAUGACGAUUUCCGCCAGGAGCUGUUUGGUAUCACGCCGACAGGGGACGGGUGGGAAGGUGACCGUCUCGUGAGGGAGAGCGAGUUGGUCGACGUUGUGGUAAUGCGGUGAAUUAUAAAUUAAUAAGGGUCGAGAACCCCCACCUGAACGUCCAUCGACGAGUUGAGGGAAUGGAAUUCUCCGCCCCGUGUCGUCGGCUCGAUUGCUGGGGAUCCAAUCGAGUCGUAUUCGACGACGAC